CGGAAGCGGCGCGGCUGAGUCACGGCGGCGGCGGCGAUGAGGCAGCCGCAGCCGCGGGCGGUGUCGUUGUCAUUGUCGCUGUCGCUGUCUCCUCUCGGCGCCUGAGGAGCCGCCCGUGCGUGCCCGCCCGCCCUGCUCCCCGCGCUUCGCCCGCCGCGCUCGGCGCCGCCGCCAAGAUGAUGGAGGAGAUAGACCGGUUCCAGGUGCCCGCCGUGCGCGCCGAGAUGCAGCCGCUGGAUCCAACAGCUGCAGCUAUUUCGGACAGAGAUUGUGAUACGAGAGAGGGAGAGACUGUAGCCAUGAACUAUAAGCCAUCCCCGCUUCAAGUGAAAUUAGAGAAGCAGAGGGAGCUGGCUCGGAAGGGCUCCCUGAAGAAUGGCAACAUGGGAAGCCCAGUUAAUCAGCAGCCCAAGAAGAACAAUGUGAUGGCACGAACAAGGCUCGUCGUACCCAACAAGGGCUACUCGUCGCUAGACCAGAGUCCAGAUGAAAAGCCCCUGGUAGCCCUGGAUACAGACAGUGAUGAUGACUUUGAUAUGUCCAGAUAUUCCUCCUCGGGAUACUCAUCAGCUGAGCAGAUCAACCAAGACUUGAACAUCCAGCUGCUAAAGGAUGGGUACCGGUUAGAUGAGAUCCCAGAUGACGAGGACCUCGACCUAAUCCCCCCUAAAUCGGUCAACCCUACCUGCAUGUGUUGCCAAGCCACCUCCUCCACCGCCUGUCACAUCCAGUAGUGAGGCCGGCAGGCUGUGAUCAGUGCUUUCCACUAUAACUGUAAAACUUAACAGCCAUUGCUUCCUCCUAUGGUAGGACGUGCACCUCUUUGUGUUCAUGGAGCCAGGAGAAACCAAAAAAUUCAUUUUAUGAUUGGUUGAUAACUUAUUUUAAACUAUGGUAAAACAAAAGAGAAGUUGCUCAAAGUGCCAGGCAGUGCCUGGCAGAACUGACUGGUCUGAAAAGCGAAUGCAGAGGGGUCCAGAGAUACCUCCUUGGUUUGUUUAGGCACUGGGGAUAUUUUGUAAAGUGUCUUUUUUCAGAAUGGGAGAGGUCAGAUGGGACUUCAGGUAAUCCUGCCCAUUGAAACCAAUCCAUCUGCAAGAUUAGGGCAAGUUGGAGGUAUCAAAAUGUUUUACCAAUGUGAGGAAGUCAGUUCUUAAUUCAUUCACUAAACCUGUUUCAUUUGCAUAACCAAAAUGAUAUUAUAACUGGGGCACAGGAAUGGGGACGGACCAGGGCAUCCUUUCUUAUGGCAAGGCUAGCCAGGACUAGCACCACACAAUUCAUUCACUUGCAAAGGGACAAAUAGGUGACAUUUCACUGUGAGUCAGUACUAGCUAGAGCUGUUGUGUCACAUAGCCAAUGCAAUCUGCCUUGAGCACCACAUUAAAUUACCACUAAACACAUCAGAUUCGAUCUGCAAUCUACUCAUGCACUUCAAGGAUUUGCUCAUUGCCCAGGAAUACCAACCGUGCUUGUGACUUCAGUUCAGUCACGUAUUCUGACUUCAGCCUGUAUUUAAUCCCUGUCCGACCCAUCUCUUUCCAAAAAUCUUAGACUUUGUUCAACUGAGAAGAAAUUAAUCCUGCAUGAGUCAGGACUAGAGAUGAACGAUGGUGCUGGAAAAGCUAGUUGAAGAAAGAACAUUGUAACAGUGCUUAACUUGGCAUUGUGUCUCUGGGUGCCUGUGGGAGAGGCUCAUUAAUGCUGAAGUCAUCAGUGUGGUGGGGGUCAGACUUGAGAGAAAUUUUCAGCAACAGCAGAGUUAUGAACAGAUUCAGCUGAAAGAUGCCCAUGUGCAGAAACACUCCCCAUCACUCCCCAUCUGCCCAGUUGUGAGCCAGUUAUGGUCCCAGGUCAGGAGCACUUGGGUUUUAUUUGGUGCUGGAAAAGUUAGGAAACCUGUUACAUUAGGUUGCUGGCCUAAGCUCCCAGUUCCCCAGCAGAUGGUUUUGAAUGCAGAAUCACUUCUGGAAUUAGGAAACAUGUCCUCUCACUGGCUUCAGCAUAUGCAGGGGAUGGGCUGGCAUUUUUCUUGGUGUUGAAAUCUUUCGCCAUAGGCACAAUUCUUGUGUUUUCAGAAGGAAGAACCACCUGCCUUGCAUCAUCACCUGCUCUGUAGCCUGGGAAAGGAAAAAAUGAGGGCAGUUCUGAGCUUCUCAGCAGAAUUCCUGAGUCACAAAGCAGAGCCUGAGUUGUACCACCACAGACAGAUCCCCCAUCUGAAAUCUGUAUGAAGUGAGCUGAGUCUGUGAGAAGUCCUACUCAUAAUUAGCAAGAGAUUUUUUCAGCAUCCUGGGCUUUUACUCUCUGCAGUGCGAAGCUUGAUACCAGCCACAGUGUGAGUGAAAGAGCAGGCACACAAGAUUCAUGGGCUUAUUUAUUUGAUGGUAUUGACAGCUUUUAAAGCUAUUCUUGUCCCCUCUCCCUAAAACAACGUGCUGCCACCCUGAUUCCAGGCCAUAGAAAGAGGACUAGAAUGGUACUGUUUUCUGAGCAUCCCUGCCUCUUCUACUAACCAUCCUCUGUUAGAGGAAGUGGUGGUUAAUUGCCCAGCUCCUGAAGGGGUUCUGUUUCUCAAGUGAAUCCAUCUCCUUUUCUCACCACCUGGUAGUGCUGAGGGGGAAUAUUUCCAAAAUACAACUCAGGUUGAGAUUAUCUAAUUGUCUGGAGCUGGAGGAAGUAGAAAGUAGAGAGAAAUAUAAAAGGGAAAAGCAUUCCUUAAGGAGUCUUUUUCAAUGGGGAAUGUAGUUAAAACCUAAUAGAAAUUCCAUUGUCAAACCAAAUCCUACAUGGACAUGACCAAGGCUCUUUAAAUCUUCACUCUUCUGGAGAGGCACUUUGCAGUUCAGCACUGGUAUCAUGGAAUGUCUUCAUCACAUUCAUCCUCCUGGGUCAGUCUCUGUGCCUUCCAGCCAGGCUGCACACACUCAGCCUUUCCCACAGCCCUUGCUCAGGAGCUUGGAGCAUUUCGGAGUGCCUGCUAGAACAACAAGCCAUCUCUUCACCUAGGCCAGCCCCCGAGGGCUGCACAUCCCAUGCUGCCAUCACAGAAUCAUGCCAUCCUCUAGGUUCAAAAACACCCUUAAGAUAACUGAGUCCAGCUAUAACCAAGCACUGUCCUGUUCAGUCCAGGAUAGAAUGAGGCUUGCUGUCACUGUUAUCUCUCAGGGUUAACAUCUCUCCUCGAGGGACAGACUUGUCCACUUAGUGGACUUGGCAGUGCGGGAUUAACAGUUGGAUUCUGUGAUCUUAAAGGUCUUUUCCAAUCUCAGUGAUUCUAUGAUACGCAUUGUCCCAUGGCACCAUGACCAAGUCCUUUUAUUGCGCGUUGCUGGUUUUUGCCUGCCAUGUGCCCUGAGACAUUCCCCAGCCCUGCAACUGCCUUUCAGCCCUUUGCAUUUUGUGAUGUGCAUCUGCUUCUAGCACAACCCUUUAGGGAGGGAGGGAGGGAGAUGAAUUCAGAUGUCCUACCCAGUGCUUCCUCCAAAUACAAAGUGAAGCACAACUCAAGUGUUUUUGCCUGUGCACAGAAGGAGUUGGUUGGAGAAAUAGUUGGUUUGGCAUGACAGUACAGGACCAUAAAAUGGCAAUUUUUUGGCUUCUCCUCUCUAUGCUUUGUGUUCAUAUAUUUUAUUAGGGGAAUAAUGUAGAAAGGGUGGGGAAAAGUAGUUACCUAUGUAGGGUUGUUAUCAGAAAGGCUGAGUGGCUUAAGGCAAUGCACAUGUGGCUGUCAUAGAAAACUGAACACUAACCGUUAUGAACUGCAGCCCCUUCAGCAGAUUAUGACCAUACAGCAUGCUUGUUGGCUCAUUAUGGAAUACUGAGGACUGCCCAUUGGUAUGUGUCAACCACAGAUGAGGCUGGCUCCCCCUGUCUGGUCUGUUGUUCAGACCUUUGCUUAAGCCAGCAGGUUUUCCAUAUGCCCUCAGUCACAGAAUGGAUAAGGCUGGAAGGGGCCUCAGUGGGAUCAUCUGAUCCAACCUCUCUGCUCAAGCAACCCUUGUUGGAGGUUAUGCUGUGGUGAUUUCCUGGGAAGGUGUGGAGAUAGAUGACUAUCCUGGCACUGCUCUCCUUAGACCAGUCUUUGCCACCAUGACCAGAAGAAGGCAGAAGGCAAGAGAGACUGACUCUCUGUCACAGCAUUUCUACAAAAUCUACAGAGCUGCUGGGUGCCCUCCUAAAUGCAGAUGGCAUGAAGGAAAGAAAAUUGUUCCUUCCUCCGGUCUUUGCACCAAACAAGAUGGCCCUCUCAGGCCACGUUUUCAAUCCAAAGUUGUACAGAAAACCAAGGGGAAGACACGAUGGAGUAUGAAAUGCUGUAUGUCACUGUCUACCUAAAUUACCAUGCAAACAGGAUAUAAGGAUAUUGCCUCCUGAAUGGAAUUUGAAUUUGAUGCCUCCUAAAGCCAGACUGGGUUUUUGUUAGGAUUUUAUGUAAUGUCAGUCACCAAAUUACAAGAGUUUCAGCAAAUCCUUUUCUAUUAUCAGAUGUUAAUCUGAUAAAAUACCAUCUAAUAUUCUUUAAUGUGAGCUGGAUUUGAACUCUGGGGUCUCAGCACUCUGUUCCAUCUCUCUUGUCCCCAAAUUCCACAUUUCCAUCCUUUAGGAGGAGGAACAUCCUGCUAGUCUUGAGGAAAGUCUAUAGAUAGCAUGGUCAUGUCUGCUUUUCUGGUGUUUGUAAAUAAACUUCAGCUGAAAGGAGAGUGAUGCCCAUCCUGAAGGCUCAUUUGAUAUCUGACCAGACACAUCUUGAAGUCAACCCUUGGAAGAGCCAGUGGGUGAUAGCUCACAUUGCUGCAUGCCUGUCCCUGACAUGUGCUUGGCCAUUGGAUCUGCUGUGCUGUUCUGGCUGACCUGCCUGCAGAUGCCUUGUAACUGCAAAAGCAGGUGACCCAUUCCUGCGUCAUGGACUUUGAAAGGACAGCUUCCCCACAGACAAGAUGGAUUCAGCUCCUUCUGGUAUGUUUCACUAGCUCUUGUCCCAAAAGAAGGCACCCACUGCAUUCAGCUUUUCACUGUCUGACACACAAGUCUGCAAUCCUGAACAGAAUCCUUUCCUUUCCAUGCACUGUCUGAUCCUGGGCUGGCCUGCAGGCUGUGCAGGAGAAUGCAGGAGGCUUGAAAAACGCAGUGCCCUGUGUGUGACUCAACAGAAACAUGAAGAUGCUUUUGAAGAAAGGAGGGACCCAGCUGGGCAACAGAUGGAAAACAGGAAAAGGAAAACAAGCAAUAACUGGAAAGAUUGCCAAGUACUGUCUUGGCCUAGGGCAGAUCCCCGUUGUCCGAGUUGAUCUGUCUCAGUGCAGUGCUGAUGGCAGCUGGGAGCAAAGCUUGCUUUCAGAUAUACACACUAGAAACAUCUUGUCCCUGAGCUGGCACUGCAGCCAAAUACAGCCCUGGCAGGUCUGCUGGACUGUUAGAGCACAGAAAUGAGAUCUGGGAUCCUUGCUGCUGUUGGUAUUUGCAAGUCACAUCUCUUGAUGUCCAUUCCCUUCUGGAGCACAUGGGAGAAACCUGCCUUCCCAAAGUGCUACCACCAUCCUGCAUGGAUACUGCCAAGUGUGAGAGGCACCAUUGAUAGGUCAGUUCUGCAAGCAGGAUGUAAAUACCAUGCUAUAAAAAUUUAAUUCCUAUUUUCAGAGUACUAUUCUGCUUUAACUCUGUUUGCCAUCUUCUGAUGUUCUUGCCACAUGACGGAAUGCAGCGGGGUGGAGGCUAGUACAGAGGUUAAACAUCUUUGGAGAAAGAUGUUUGUCAAGGAUACGUUAACUAGUUACAUGUCAGCUGAUUGUUGCACAACUGGCUUCUGAGUUUGCCUGCUCCCAGAGGGAACAAAGAUUUGUACGAAGAUUUGGUGGCCCAACAGCACCAUCCGCUGAUAGCAGAAUUAAGGAGUUUAGGAGUGUAGCUUGGAAUGGCAAGUAGUGAUGAAGGGGAACAGAAGACUGAAAGGCUCAUUUUUGGGAUAUUCCCAUGGCAGUUUCAUGCUCUUGCUUUGAUCAUCUUAGCUUUUAGAUGGGUGGUUCUGCCUGGGCUCCUGGCUUCAAACUCACCUGAGGUAUUGCCACUCUUACCUAGAGAGCUGAAGGCUUUGGUAUCUGGCUGCUGCUUGGCUCAGCAAGUUUGGGCUGCAUGUUCAAAAGCAAUAUCUGCAUAGAAGAUCAGUGCUGCAGGGCUAGCUGGGAAGGCAUGGAAAGGUCUUCAUUUUAAGCUGCUUUUCACCUCUAGGCAUACUUGUCUCUUCCUUUCAAGGCUCAGUUGUAAGAGGGAUUGCUCCAAACCACACCUCAUCAGACAAACCCCCCUUUGUUACAGAACCACACAAGACCUGAAGCAGAAGGGCCAGGAAUUUAGCAUAAAGGGAGAAUUUAUGACCUGGGAUUAUCUACAAGGGGUUUCUCAUAGGUGUUGUGGUUCGUAUUUUAACUCCUGGUGUUAUGCAGCUGAGCUGCUGCAUUGCUUCCCAAAAAUUAUGGCUACCUUUGCCCCACUUGACAUUGCUGACAGUCCCAGGAUGACAGCAGCUGGAUGCUGCCUGAGUGCACCUUUGACAGCUUGCUGGAGAGGCAGAGGCUGGGACUGACAGAUCACACAAAGCACAGCCUCAUGGCCCACACAGGCAUGCAGCAAACCAUGUCAGAGCAGCACAGACACCGGCAGGACAGGUUGAAGCUUUCCCCGGUGCCUCUGCAGAGCAGCUUUUCCCAUUGCUGUAAAGACCCAUUUGCCACUGGUGGUGACUUUGAGCCUUUUGCUUUCUCUAAAAAGCUGCUCCAGCAAAAGAUGGAUUUGCUCCUCAAAGGUGCUGUGACUGAUGGUGCUUGGCCUGUGGAGGUAUUUCCAUGAUAAACGGUGAUACAGGUGGUGGGAUUGGAUCAAGGGUUGGAAGCUACAAAAUAAACCUCAUUGAAUGUGACCAUGUCAGACAGUCACUGGAAAGCAGUGCAGUAGGCACCAGGAAAAGAAAAGGCUACUGAAAGGCCAUGCUAAGUCCCAUAGCUGGUGGGGUAUUUACCCUCCCAGAGCAGCAUUUCUCCCCUAGCUGCCCAGGUGAGCUCCCUGGGAAGUACUGCUCUUCACCCAGGCUGCCUUUUUGCUUUUGCAACCUAAAUAAGCUGCAACUCCAUUUGGUACCCACCUUCCUCAAGCCUUUACGAUUUGGGAGACACAGUUUAUUGUUGAAAGAUGUAAUACAGACACAUAGAAAGAGCAGAAAAACUUGGGCAAGGACUCUUCAUGAUAGACUUUCAUACCCACUCCCGGUUCACAGAUGUGUCUGUUUAGUUUCUUUGCAUGGAGAAGCUGUGGUAGCAGCUGUGUUCAGUUUGUGGCUGCCUCUGUCCUAAGACAAGCCCCAUGUAAAAGCCAGGCCAGCUGUAGAUCAUUGAACAUGAUCAGGUGAGAAUCAGACAGGAGGGUGGGAUUUCUCUUCACCCACAUGAAGGCUGUGGAGCUGAGGAUUCACCAAAUUUGUGCAAAACCUGGUGAGAUUCAGCCCACCAAGCUGGAUGCCUUCACCCUCCUGGCCUGAGUUCUGUGGGUCCAGGUCUGCAGAUCAGGUCCCAGACCUGCCAGCCCACAUGCUCCUGGUGUGGGCUGGAGCCCUUGCAGCAGAGGCCUUAGUGGGAAGCCUGUUGCCUCUGCUCUUGCUGCACUGGGGCAGGAUGCUGUGUGACACUGGUGGGGCUGUAGUUCUGCCAGGAGAAAGACUCUGGUGGAGGAUGAAGUCUUUGCAGUGGAGACAAUUCAGGAAGUUGGGUUUUUCCCCCUCCCCUUUUUGCACUUUUUAAACCCUUUUUACUCCUUCCACAGAGGUUUUUGAACCUUCAGUUUAAUAAGGGAGAUGAGCUGCCAUUAAAUAGGUUUUUGAAGGGUCUGAAGGCAGGUGCUGGCUUGCAUGCAGAGCCGGUCUGUGCCUGACAUGAUUUCCAGACCUCGUUGUCCAACCUGUAGCAGAGUCACCCCAUGAGCUGGGCAAGGACUGGGGUGGGAGGGUCAGCACUGGCCAUCAUGCCAAACAGCCAUGGCUUCCCAAACUGAAGAAGAAUCAGACCAGGAAAUGGGGGAAGGAGCAACCGCAGUAGAAGGAUAGCUAGUUGUCACAAGUAAUCUUCGGUAUCCGUGUCCAGUGGUUAGUCCUAGAAUUGCAAGCCUUGUUAUAUUGCACACACGUCCUCCUUCCACUCCCCUUUUAUCAAAGCAGCCGUCGCCUUUCUUCCCUCUGCCCCAUGCACUAGUGAUGAGCGUCAGAGGCAGUUGCACCAAAGUGAUUCUCAGCCCAGUUCUGCAUCCCCCUUUCUCACCCAAACCCAAGGCAACCUGGACAGUUGUUGGCCUUCACGAGUCUAGUAAUUCCAGUUGGGUUUCUUUCCUUGUGUUUCGUGGCUUCCUUCCCACACACUCUAGCAGGGCAGUACAGGAGGCUCUGACCAUGUCCCAGGAAGUUUCUUUGCCCCCAGCAGCACCUUGCAGACAUGCACCUUACUGGGAAUGUACUGGGUCGAUGCUGGUGAGAUCUGGCACUGCCGAUCUUGAAUGGGUGGCAGCUGAUGGGGAUCCACCCAAGGAAGUUGGCAGAAAGUGGCUACUGUCCCUUUUCUUUUCUUUUUUGAGGGAGAGAGGGAUUUUUUUGGCAUUACAAUUAUAGUCCAUCUUCCAGUGGCCAAGUUCUGGGCUGCAUUAAUAAUGGGGUUUAUUGACUGUCCAGGCAGGUGUGGAGCUCUGCACUAACCUUAAUAGCAAAUGUCAUGGCUGUAGCCAGAGCCUGCAUACAGGAUGGGUUUCUUCCAUGCUGGCAAAGUACUUUCAGCAGGCUCCAGAUGGACACUUCUGACAGACAGAGAAACAGCACUCCUCCAAGUCCAGAUCAAAUCUGCACUUCCAUUUUGUGUCCUCAGCAUGGAAAAAAAUCAACCUAAGCAAAUGCCUUCCAGUCUCUAUUCCCCGUGUGGUGGGAGGCAUUUCAGGGUCACCAAAAGCAAGAUCCUUUUUGGAUUUAUUUAGAGGAAAUACAUUUUAGGACGGGAGACCUCCUGACCUUUGUGUUAAUCUCAAGAGCAGGAGAUGAAUUUCUGGCUGUCCUUGCAUAUAGUGAAAUAUAGCUGAAACAGCCAAACGCAAAUAGAGUUAAAUGUAGGGUUUGACCUGAAUAACCUUUUAAUUAGGAAGAUAAAUUUGUUGUAGCUUGACCUUAGUCCUUGUUAGGAACCUGCUAAUCAUUUGACAUGCAGAGUGUAUUAAUGCUGCACUUAACUUGGCCAUUGUUUUUUUUAUCUGGUUUUGGGAGUUUUUUCACUCCUGAAGCAUCAAUCUGCAUCUUGUAUGGGUUUUCUUUUUUUGCCAUUCAGAUCAGGUAGCACACUGUUGUAUUUUUGUUCCCGUCUGUGUAGAGUAUUGCCUUAAACUGAUCAGUUGUGUUAUGGUUUGUUUUGGGUUUUCUCUUUUCUACCAUCAGUUUUAUGCAUUAAUUUAUUUUAAAAUGUGGGAGUUUUUUUCGAAAACAUGAAAAACAUGUAUAAUAUUUUUUUUAACAUUUCCAUUGCAGUAUUUAUCAUUGUUACUGGUUGUGUGUAGUGUAACGGAAUUAAUGAUAUUAAAAAGCAUACAUAUGAAAACCA